AUGGCAAUGGUGGUGGAAAAGGAUGAGAAAUCACAGGUGCUUAGUCUCUAUAAACCCAUAAUCUCAUCUAAUGCUUAUUACUUUUCAGGUAAAAGAGGAGAGGAUAGGACCCCUUUGGAUUGGGAUACCCGUCUAAGAAUAGCUAUAGGUGCGGCAAGAGGCAUUGCUCGUAUCCAUUUAGAGAAUGCUGGGAAGCUAGUCCAUGCCAACAUCAAAUCCUGGAACAUCUUUCUAAACUCCCAACAGUACGGAUGUGUGUCCGAUGUUGGCCUGGCAACUGUAAUGAGCUCACUGGCCCCACCUAUCUCCCGAGCUGCUGGAUACCAGGCCCCGGAAGUGACGGACACCCAGAAAGCAGCACAGCCUUCUGAUGUCUACAGCUUUGGGGUGGUUUUACUGGAGCUCCUCACUGGAAAAUCCCCCAUCCAUACUACAGCAGGUGAUGAGAUUGUCCACUUGGUCAGGUGGGUUCAUUCAGUCGUCCGAGAAGAGUGGACAGCUGAAGUGUUUGACCUAGAGCUGAUGAGGUACCCAAAUAUUGAGGAAGAGAUGGUGGAGAUGUUACAGAUAGCAAUGUCAUGUGUGGUGAGGAUGCCAGAUCAAAGACCUAAAAUGCCAGAAGUGGUUAAAUUGAUUGGAAAUGUCCGGCGGCUUGAAUCCGACAAACUGCCAUCAUCUGGAAACAAAUCUGGACAUUCAACCCCACCACAGCUGGUGGUUGGGACAGAAUCGUCUAUCUCAAAGUGA